AUGGCAUCAAUUUUUCAUCUUAAUCUCUCAAAAGACCUUUCCUUAAUAUUAGAUGAUGCAGAUGAUUACAAUGCUAUUAUUCAAGUUGGUGAAAACCAAAAUAUAAAAGAAUUUCAUACACAUUCUGUUAUUUUACGUGCUCGUUCUCCCUAUUUUAAAGCUGCACUUUCAGCCAAUUGGAUUACAAAGAAAAAUAAUAUGAUUAUGUUUAGCAAACCAAAUAUUACUCCAACUGUUUUUUAUAUGAUUUUGAAGUAUGUGUACACUGGUGAACUUGAUUUAAUUGAACAAUCGGGUGAAAAUAUUCUUAAUUUGCUAAUUGCAUCUGAUGAAUUACUUCUUGAUGAAGAAUUAUUUAAACAUGUUCAAGAUUAUUUAAUUGAAAAACAAACCAAAUGGGUUCAUAAAAAUUUCGUUCUUGUUCUUAAUACUGUCUUUGGACUUGAUAGUUGCAAGAAAUUACAAGGUUAUUGUCUUGAAUCUAUCUGCGAAAAUCCAUUCCCAUUUUUUUCUUCAAAAAUCUUUCCUUCAAUAAAUAAGAAAAUACUUUUUGACUUGCUUAAAAGAGAUGACUUGCAGAUUGAUGAAAUUACUAUUUGGGAUUGUUUAAUUGAAUGGGGUAUUGAACAAACUCCUGAUUUGGGAAACAAUAAAGCUAAGUGGAAUAAGAAUAAUCACAAAGCAUUGAAGAAAACUUUAAAUCAAUUUAUUCCUCUCAUUCGGUAUGUAGGAAUUUCUCGUGCAGAUUUUUUUGAUAAAGUCCGUCCUUAUAAAACUAUUAUUCCUUAUCACAUUUAUGAAGAAAUCGAAGAAUUUUAUUAUAAAGAUUCCUCACCUAAAACUACAAUUUUGCCACCUAGAAUUUGUUCGACAUUUGAAAUAGGAAAAAUUGAAUCAAAUAUCAUCAAACCAAUACUUGCAAAAAUAAUAAUUAAUUGGAUUGAUAAUAAAGAUACUAUGUAUAUUCGCACUAGAAAUGAUCCAUCAUAUAGGCUUAAACUUAUUUAUCGUGGUAGCCGUAAUGGAAUUAGUAAUGAGUCAUUUAGAAAAAAAUGUAAAGGUCGAGUAGCAAGUUUAGUUCUAAUUAAAGUUAAAGAUUCAAAUAAAGUUUUUGGUGGAUAUAGUUCUAUUGGAGUUUGUUCAUUAGGAAAUGAUUUUGAUGAUGAUCUUAUUCGUCAUGGUUUUCAAUUUUACAAUUCAUCAGAUAAUUUUAUUUUCUCAUUUGAAGAUAGUGAAGAUACUCAAAAUAUGAAAAUAAGUCGAGUAGUAAGUAAUUCUCAUGCCAUAUUGGAUCAUCAUGCUAGUGGAUUUAAUUUUGGUCGUAGUUCAUUGUGCAUGAUAAAUCAAAGUUUAUAUCUUACUAAUUAUAUUGGGAAUUAUGAAAGGAAUUUAGAUACAAAUAAAAUUUAUACUAUUGAAGAAAUUGAAACGUAUUUUGUAUAUCAAUAA